AGUCAGCCACAGUAGAGAGAGGACGUUUCUUUUUAGGAGUCCUCUCCAAACCUUCCAUCGCGGAUUCUCAUGUUCUCCACGCGUUCUUUCACAAACAAUCAUCAUCGUCCCAGCUGACUAUCACGAUCAAUCUUUUCGCACAACGUCACAUCAAAAGGACAGAUUAUUAUUGUGCGAUGCCACGGAGGCCAACGUCCCUCCGCAGCAACAAUUUAAUAUCAAUCGAAUCAUCAAAACGGAAGGGACCACUUCGCGAGACGUCAAUGACGUUAGGAUGUACACUGCAAACGGCGAGAGGAAAGAACGAAACUCGUCAGAAAAUCUUUUCCUUCGGAGAUGGGUCGACAUGCCGAGACAUCUCCAAUUUAAUCCGCACAUACAUACUGGUUACAGGCCUCUCAUGACCGUCCGUCAAUGUAUCGGUAGUCUCUUUUAUAUCCACAAUGAGACUGUCAACAUCAUGACGCACGGUUUCGCAAUUCUAUACAUGUUGUGGACCAUACCUCGUUGGCUUCCAUGGCAUACGCAAGGAAUACUCGGGGCAAUAUUAUCUUGGUGUCACUUGAUAGGGGCAGUUAGUCCAUGGAUCGGAUCCUUUAUUUAUCAUGUUUUCAUGAACGUUAAUUAUGACGAAGCCUUCUAUAGAUCGUUAUUAAGACUCGACAUGAUCGGUAUUUGGCUAUGUCAAAGUUUCGGAGCUAUUCCAAUGCUGGCAGCGUCGGUUCAUUGUUUACCUGAUAAUCACUGGUACUGCUGUAUUUUUAUUUACUGCUUUCUCAGUAUAUGGGGUCUUCUGAAGGCAAUGCACGCGAGAUCUCCGUGGGAAAGGAGACUAUGUUUUGCACCUCCUUUCUUGAUGAGAAUGUUCAUAAUGACCAUGAGGUGUUUCGGUAUCGGUGGUGGUUCACCCAAUGCUUUAACUCAUAUCGUCUUACAGGAUUUAAUAGCUGUAAUAGGUGCAAUUGUCGGUGCUCUUCGUAUUCCCGAAAAAUGGAUGCCAGGAAAAUUAGAUUUCAUGUUGAAUUCUCACAAUCUGAUGCACGUGUUGGUCGUUCUAGCUGUUUGUUCGAUGCAUACAGCCACUAUCGAGGAUCUAACUUGGAUGGCUGAUCAAUCCACGUGUAAUGAAACAAAUACUUCUUCGAUGAUAAACGAAGAAUUGUGAUCGAUUUGUAAUAACGUCAUUUUGCAAUAGUCUGUGAUAAGAUACAGCUGAUAAAUUAUUCAAUGCAAUUGUAUAAGGAGUUAAGAAUGCUGAAAUGUUUUAUGAUCGAUACAUACGUGGUUCAAAAGUAAGAAGCUAAUUUUAAAGCUGUUUGAUAAUAUGGAUCAUAUGUACUGGAUGUUCGAAGUACAAGUGCAAGUACAAAGAUAUAUGUAUAUUAUAUAUAUUAUGCGAUAUAUAAUAUAUAUUGUUUCGGUAUCGAUAGUGAAUGUGGUGGCUUUAUGUAAUAUAAAUAUAUAUAUAUAUAUAUAUAUAUAUAUAUAUAUAUAUAUAUAUAUAUAUAUAUAUAUAUAUAUUACAUGAGUAUCCAAAUUCAUGUUAAUAUAUGACUUCGAAAUCGAAUCACGCAGCAGGAUUGCGGAUUUAAUAAGAAAAGGAAGAGUCUGUUAAGACGAUAUGUUUUCUAAGUAAAAUAGGCAUUCUAAGCACAUCAAAAAUAUGUUUAUUAUAUGGUUGUAAUUAUCGAUAUCAUCACCUACCAAUGUCUCCAAGACGUUUCCAAUUUCUCAUUUCUAUAAAUUCUUACACUUUACUAUACCAAAUCCGAUAUUUAGAGAAAUAAAAUUGUUCAAAAAUA